UAUGACGUCCGUGACUCACAGAACGACGCAACAGCCAAUCGCUCUUUUGCCCUUCUCUAAUGCCAUCCCCGGUGAGCUGUGCUCGAACGCCCCUGUGGUAUGCGCAGGAUUCGACUGCCGAGGACAACUUUGACUGUAUGGUCACACAGCAUAGAGAGAAUACCGAAGGUCAACGCAAAGCAACGGCAGUGUACGGCUACCGACUCCUCUCUCGGUGAUUGCCUUCAGAGUAGAUAUCAUGAUUUUACUCAUCGCUAUCGUCAUUACGGUAGUCACAAAUUUGCAACAAUCACAAGCUACUGUGUGUUCAUACUCGUGCCCUCAGCGUUAUCACACGUCAUGUGGGACUUUUGGUUGGAGUAGGUGUACGAGAUACAGGGCUAACACUUGCUAUAGGUGUUGCACAGGAUGGACUGGAAGUACUUUAAAUGAUUGCCCAACACCUAUUUGUUAUAGCAGUACCAGUUGUCCCCAUGGAGGGACAUGUACAAGUCCGGAUUACUGUAGUAACUGCAACCGAGGCUUCUACUCCCCAAGAUGUAAUCAGUGUACAGCUAUUCCUAACUGUCUUGAAGUGUUCUGCAGCUCUUCCUCGGACCAAAAGUGUGACCGAUGUGAUGGUGAAUUCGGCUCUGCCCACGGAUCAGCCUACAUGAAAUCCCAUGACAUGAGACAAUGCAUAAAGCAAUGUUCAUGGAGAAGCGACAGCAAUGCCUGCUACCCAGGAACCUGUACAAAUGCCCAGUGCACCUGCAAUAGUGGAUUCACAGGAACUGAUUGCCGAACAAUGGGCAGCAGCCAAUCACCAACCCUAUCUGAGCACCGUGCUACCCUGACCCUGGGAACAACAACUCUGGAAUCACCCUCGGCUCAGGGCAGCACGGCCACUGUCUACACCAACGUUCACAAUUUUACAAGCCUGCGGAUCGGUUGGACAAGCUCCUACCGACCAAAUGGACUACCUGACCCCAGCGGUGGUGGACAUCCAUAUGUCCACAGCCGUGGGCUUGGCGUUGUAAGUGCAAGAGUCACAGCUGUUGUGAAACGGGGCUCGAGUGUUGUAUAUUCAGUUGGCUCUUGGGACUGCACAGCAUCGACAACAGGAAACUCCUUCAAUCAGAACAGCCCUGCUACAGAUCUGGUAUCCUGUGAAUAUACAUUCACUUUGAACUACAACGCCUGGACACCAGCUACAGGAGAUGUAAAGAGGUAUGAUGUUUAUUCAACCAGCGGCGGGUACUUGAAACUUUAUGACAGAGAUCACUCAAGUAGCAUCAUCACACGGUACUAUAGUGGCACAACCACUUCUGCCCACUCAACUUUCACCUUUGAUUUUGUUGACCCCUAUCACUGCGUGGGUGCGGGCGGUGGAUGUAGAACCACCAUGCUGGAUGCAGGAAACGAUGUUACCUCAGAGGCGAUGAUUACUGUUACAUGGCAAGGCUGGGCUGACAGUUUGGCUGGUAUUAAGGGAUAUGACCUGGUAGUACGACAGCUGUCAGGUAGUCAUGGUAGCGAGAUGACAGAAAUCUUUGAUAGUCCUGCCGUAUUUUCUGGUGAAACCAACUCAAGUCAGACUGUAACCUUGCCACAUGUUGGUGUUUACUCUUUCAUCCUUUCUGCUAUUGACAACGCCGGCAAUGUCAAACUCAGCAGACGCUUCGUGUUCUUUGACGAUGAUCUAGACGAUGUUACUGUCAAGAAUAAUUCCCCUCUGCGCGUGGUCUCGGCAACUGCAGAGACCAAUUAUUUGUGGUUGACCAAUCUCGACUCCAGCGGACGAACGACCCCCGUGCAGCUUGCUUGGACAGGCCAUUUCACCAAUGUGCACCACCAUAACCAAGGAUUAUUGAAACCUAUAGGUUUUUAUGUCGCUGGUACCAUCGAUUCCGAUUAUGACCAGAACUUUGGCAGGCGUGGCCGUGCAGCUAUCCCAAAUGCCCUGGGCGUGACAGAAUUUCGCGUCCUUCACGACACUGACCACAACGGUGGCCGAACCACUGUCAACGUGAGUGAUGAUAACUCGGACAACUGGAGCAAUGAGGCCACAAGAACACAAGCCACUUAUGACCUGCGCAUAGUGGAUGGUGAUUCUGUUCGGUUCUGGGUGGAGGCCAGGGAUCUUGUCGGUCAUUUUGUGAGGGACGAGGUGUUGGUCCAUGCUGAUUCAUCCCCACCAAUUAUUGAAGACUUCUGGCUGGUCCGGGACGGAGAGGUGAACUUGGUCGUACACAAUUCUGCUGAUCUGCAUGAAAUGAGUGUUGCUUUCAGGACUUACGACAUUCAUAGUGGCAUAAAAACCAUCGAGUGGCGUCUUUUUGAUAAUCACACUGGCACUGAAAUGGAACAUGGAAGCCAGACAGUUCCUGCAAGGAAGGUCAGUACGAAUACUGAGGUCUGUGAUCCAGUCAGCUGUUUGUGUGUUCCGAUUGGUGACUGCUACGCCGUGGACUAUGGUUUUAAACCAACGUACCACAUCGGUGAUCAUGAAUUUGAUUACUUCAUCAAAUUGACAGUUACCAACCAUGCAAGACUGGUGACUACUAAGACAAUCAAGGUAUCAGUUGACACAUCCGCUCCACAAGCCGGGGUGGUGCAUGAUGGGAUACGUGGAUCCAAUGAGGUGGACUUUCAGGAAGGCAAUGAUCUCUCUGCUCACUGGGAAGGGUUCUUUGACAAGGAGAGUGGAAUCAAGUUUUACCAGUAUCUUUUUGAUAAAUCCUGCUGGACUGGAAAUACAACAAUCGGCAGUAUUAGCGACGCUAUGACUGAAACCACUUCUACAUAUGCCAGUUGGACAGCACCUUCUCCUGGUCGGUACUUUGUAACCGUCAUUGCGUAUAAUCGAGCCCUGGAGCCAUCCGAGGCAAUCUGUUCUGAUGGUGUCGUGAUAGACACGAGCCCACCUGUGUUGUCACAGAUUUCUAUCGGCUAUGCUCGGGUGUGGCCUGGUCUGGCAAAGGAUGCUGAGGGUCGGGUGUGGUUUGUCGAUGAACACCGCAGAAAGAUGGAAUUGAUUAACGCAUCCAGUCGAUGCAGUUUUAGGGCUACUCUGGUGACUGAUAUGUCUUUUUAUCCUGAGAUGGUUGGCACCAACGACUCUUUAACAAUACUCCAAGGAGAUAUGGACUGUGUUUGGAUCUCAGCCAUUCAGCAAAAAUUCUUCUUGCCAACCCACAAACAUGUAAAGAUAUCCUGGACAGGUGAAGAUGCAGAGAGUUCCAUCUUUGACUAUAAGAUCGGCCUCAGCAGUGACCCCUCAAACCCCGCCCCUGACCUGGUGACCUUUACAUCCACAUCAGGUCACAAUCACUUCAUGAUGUACCACCCCGAUAUCAGCCAGGGCGCCGUGUUCCACUUGGUCCUGAAGGCAGUGAACAAAGCUCAACUCUCAACAUCCAAGGUAAUUGGUCCAAUUGUAGUGGAUACCACCCCACCCGUGUUUGUUGGGCGCAUCUCAGUCAUCGCCGAGGAUGACUUCUUGGUUGCGAAAUGGGGAGACAAAGACUUCACUGAUGAUGAGGAUACCGAUCUGAGGUACCAAGUCGCUGUUGGUAACAGUCCUGGUGGCACAGAGACCCUUUCAUACAAGACAGAAAAAAUUUACAGAAUUGGUCCUUGCGCAUCCCAGUCAUCUUGUGCUGCAUUCGCAUUGGAUGACUUACACUGGCAUCUCCAUGGUGACCAUGAAUAUUAUGUGUCAGUCAGAGCACAGAAUGGCGCUGGACUGACAAUAGUGGGGAUCUCAUCCGUUUAUAGACACAUCGUGCAGUUGCCAUCGCUAGGUAUUGUAUUGGAUGUUGCUCCGCCAGGAGAAGAGGUGACUGUGGACUUAGGGGUGGCCAAAGACAUUGAUGUACAGACGGACAACACGAGCAUUUCUGCUCUUUGGUAUGGCUUUGAGCAUCCCCACCUUGACAUCAGUUAUGAGAUUGCUGUUGGAUUACAAAAUGGGUCGUCAGAUGUCAGCGGUGGUUUCAUCGAUGUUGGCAACGCAACCUUCUAUCGUUUGACUGGACUGGACCUAUCUCCGCUCCUGACUUAUUACGUCACUGUUCGUGCCAACUCUGAAGCUGGGAGCGUCAACGUUGCCUCAGAUGGCGUCAAAAUCAUUCAGGAGGGUCAGGUACUUGAGGGAGCGGUGAUCAAAGAUGGACUAAGUUGUGAUGAAGAUGGAACAUCUGCUCCUCAAGGGUUGAGCCAUCACUCACCCGCUGCUGCUCGACCCUGUCAAGAUAACACCGCCUUCCAGUCCUCCACCUCAGAAAUCUCAGCUCAUUGGACCCUCCCAGAGAUGUUGGAGCCCUUCGUGACUAACGUCGUUUGGGCAGUCGAGCAGGAGAUUGAGAUAUACCUUGACAAAGAGAACACAUCUAGGAAAUGGAUCACUUUGCUUGAUAAUCAUGAUCUGGGCAUGGCAUUCCAACAUGUUCAGGCCGGUAUAGGAUUACAUGUUGGAGCACGCUACAGAUCAAAGGUUCAGUUCUGCCAUGUUAGUGUAUGCUUUCAACCCUUCGUGACUGAUGGAUUCUGGGUACUUUCCAAACCUCCUGAGGUCGGUUUAGUCACAGUCGGCAACAUUGAGACUACACAAGACAGAACAGAUAUCCACGUGGCCUUCCAGCCUUUUGCGCACGAUUACGUCAACCAUGAUGACUCCCAGGAACUGAUGGACUUCUAUGAGUGGAGCAUCGCUGAAGAUGGUAUUGAUGGAGCUCUCUUGAGUCAGUGGAAAAGAAUUGAUGAUUCUGUGGCUACUGGAAAUGUGUUCCGCUUCACAGCAUUCUACAGUGGACAGUUAGACCUAGAUGUCUGUCUUCGGCUAUCAAUCAGGGGCUACAACAAGGCUGGCCUGUCUUCCAUCACCACCACCGAGAUUGUUGACUGUGAUGAUGUGACGCUCAUUGUCCCUCAUACUGUCAUUGAUGCAGAUCAUGAAGUCAGUAUGGAACAGAAUGCUCUGUGGCCGGAGCCAGACAAGAACUACAUCUCCUCUACAUCCUCCUUAUCAGCUGUCUGGCCCACGCUGCGCCACAGGGCCUACACCUGGGCAGCCAUUGAGGACACUGGAUCAACAGACUUCGGCGACUUGGAUAAGGGUCUGCAGUAUCCUUGUGAUCACCCAAGGAUGAAGGCCUGUGGAGAGACAGACAAGGAGUUCGUCAAUGUUCCAAAUUUAUCCCUGUUGCAUGGGAGGCGCUAUCGCAUUUGCAUCCGCGCUGAUGAAGUUACAUUGGAGCAUGAGCUCUGGAAUGAACCGUUGCCUGCUGUGUCCAGCUGUAGUGAUGGUGUUGUCGUAGAUACGACCCCACCGACACCUGGCUCCGUAUGGAUUGGUUGGAGUCAGCAUCAAAACUAUCAAAGUUCCAGUUCUGAGUUGGUGCUACACUGGGAGUCCUUCACUGACAUCGAAGAACGCGGCAUGGCACGUCACCACUCAGGAAUCAAAUACUACGAAUACGCCAUCGGUUCGACGCGAGGUGGCAGUGAUGUAAAAGAGUUCGUUCGUGUUGGCAUUGCAAACAAUGUCAUCAUACAUAAUAUGAAACUGCAAAAUGGACAUACAUACUAUGCAACAGUGAGGGCAACUGACUUUGUUGGUCUGUCAUCCCAAGCGACAUCCGACUCGGUUACCAUUGAUACGUCAUCUCCUGUCAUAAGUGACGAUCACACUUUGGACGUUGGUGGCAGCUUCAUCCGGUCCACAACUUCUGUCUCUGUCAGUUGGGAAAAUGUGUUCUCCGACAAAGAGAGUGGCAUAGCAUAUUACGAAUGGGCCAUCGGGUCUCAUCCCGGUUAUGCAGACAUCAUGCCUUUUACUAGAGAGAGUACAGAAAAUGGGCUCAGUGGCCCUGCAAGAGAACUGCCUCUACAAGAAGGCCACUCGUAUUUCAUUUCUGUAAAGGCCAUCAAUACUGUAAGUCUGAUCACGCUGAAGACGUAUGGUGCAUUCAUGGUCGACGCAAGCCCUCCAUUAGCUGGCCACGUCUAUGACGGGGACUCGGCCCAUGUACCGGCCCAUCACAGAGACCAAGACUUCCAGGAGGGUCGUGUUAUAAUCAGGGCAUUCUGGGAAGGCUUUCAUGACCCGCACAGUGCCAUCAUUGGCUAUUCCUGGAGAGCUGGGAUUUGUCCAGUGUGUGACGACAUUGUGCCUGAACAACAUGUUGGCCUUGACAAUGAUGUGGUUGCUGAAAACCUUAACCUAGUGCCUGGUCUGACCUACUAUGUGACGGCGACGGCCUGUAAUGCCGCUGACCUUUGUACAUCAGUCACUUCCGAUGGAGUCAUUGUAGAUGAUUCUCCUCCUGUGGCAGGGCAGGUGUAUGAUGGUGGACCAGGGGGUGGUGACAUUAGCUGCCAGUCAUCAAGGCUUCAUCUGCAAGCACAUUGGUGGGGCUUCCAUGACCCUCACUCCGGCCUCUCCCACUACGAAUGGCGCGCUGGCACUACACCAGGAGCUGCGGACAUUCUCCCCUCUACACGCAUUGAGCUGUCGGAGGAUGCUAUGAUAUUCCUGCCAGUGUCAGGCCAGCUGCCCAUAGGCACUGAUAUAUACAUCACUGUGCGCGCCUAUAACCGACUUGGUAUGUGGAGUGAGGCUAUAUCUAAUGGGUUCCGUGUGGACUCUAGCCGCCCUGACGUGGUGAACACACCUGCUGUUGAUGAGACGCGGGGUGUGGCUGUCAGGAAUACCCAGCUUCUGCAUGACGUGAUUCACAUUUCCUGGAAGUUCAGUGACCCUGAAAGUGGUAUCAAAGACCAAUACAUAUCUGUCAGCACACAUCACAAUGGAGAUAUCAAUAUACCUCCAAUUAAAAUUGCGGGCAGUGAGCUGGACCACACUUUCACAAAUCUGACAUUACAAGAAGGAAGUCAUUACAUUAUAACAGUGGUAGCUUGCAACUUUGCUGGCCUCUGCACUGAGGCUGAGACGGAAUCUUUCCUGGUUGAUGGAAGCCCACCUACGGUUGGGGCAUUUGCUGUGGAAACUGAGAGUGCUGCUAACCUGAAACGUCAUCAUAUUAUCUGGAUAGAUCCUACGGAGCCAGCUGAAACUACCAAACAAACAGAGCCCAAUACAGCCCCUGAUGGCCCUAGCCUUACAGUUCACUUAGCCCACUCGACGAACACGAUCACCGAAAUUCCGUCUACUACCUUGCCUCCCCCGCGCUACCACUCUGGUUGGAUGACAUGGCUGGAAGACACUAGCACCUCCACUGGUUCCUUAGCCCUGGCCUGGCUGGGAUUUUCCGAUGUGCACUCUGGUAUCAGCCACUACUUGGUCUCCGUUGGACGCACCCACGGUGGCUCGGAACUCACUCCAAACGGGCCAGUUCGAGUCAACCACAGCAAUGACGGCAUGGCAUUGGAUGAAGGCAUCGCACAGACAGCCGUUGUACCAAUAGAUGCCAGUAUUUCAAGUCUAUCUCCUCCCUAUAUUUACAUCUCCAUCUGGGCCGUUAAUGGGGUUGGACUGACCAGCAACCGCCACCAUUCCACCUUUGAGGCCUCUGCAACUUCGCCCGUUGAGGGUGCCCUUGUCUUGUUGCGACGCUGCUCGCCUGCAACUUGCGAGGGCCACUGUGCGUGCGCAGCCAUCAAUAGACAGUGUGCUCCAGAUCAGGGCCAGAGUUGCAGUGACACCAGCAACAAUAAUCCCAAUACCGAGAUAGAGGUCCUUGAUGUCCUGAAUCUGAUGCAUUAUGAUGUGAACAGCAUAAGCGAUAUUGACCACACUGCUACCCUUUACAUGGCGGCUGCAGUUUGGCGGGCCACGCAGCCGAAAGGGCUGGACAUUAAAUGGUUUGAAUGGAGUAUCGGCGAUGACUCUUCAUCGGAUCCAGUUGGAGUCUUUGAUCCAGCGCAGGACAGAGUUUGGUUUGAUGUUGGACAGGAUAACUUUACAAUCAUUACAUUAGAUGAUGACCACAAACUGCAGAAGGGAAUUAAGUAUCACGUGUUCGUCCGAGCCUGGUAUGACAUGAAUACGUACGCUGUGUUUAAAUCUGACGGCAUUACCCCUGAUGUUACACCACCAAAAGUCUCAACAGUCAGAGGCACAAAGGUCAAAGAUCUUGCAAGCCCUGGUGCCAGCAAAGACACUGAUUACUUGACAGAUCCAACCAUGGUCUUCAUCUCAUGGGAAGGAGUGUUCCUAGAUGAAGCUAUGUCCCACUACCUGAUAUCUCUCAGCACGUAUCCAGGAGGUGAAGAUAUUCUCCGGUUCGCUGAUCACAUCUUCUCAGCUAAUGGGUCUUUCGCCCAGUUCACUGGCCUGGACCUGCAAAGUGGACUACGUUACUACGGCAACGUACGGGCCGUCAACAAAGCUGGUUUGCACACACUGAAAAGCAGUGAUGGAUUUGUGGUAGACACCAGGAGACCAGACCCAGGCUUUGUGUUUGACGGAAUGGAUCUCCAUGAUGUAGAGUACCAGAACUCCAGCACGGUCAUCUCAGCCUCCUGGCAUGGCUUUGUGGAUCUGGAAUCCUACAUAGACCACUAUGAGUGGUGCGUUGGACAGACCUCUAACCCUGCAGAUAAUGGUAUCCUGCGCUGCACAGAUGUUGGAGUUCAGCUGUCUGCCUCACAGAUUCUAGCUUUUCCUCUCACAGAUGGUAUUCGGUACUACUCCAAGAUCUCAGUUUUCGAUGCAGCUGGCCUACAGUCCGUUUCGGUUGCUUCGGACGGAUUUGUGGUGGACACCACUCCCCCUGUGCCUCUAGAGCACGUCCUUUUGGGGGAUAAUUUGAUCCAGAACCCGUCCUUUGAAACGAUGCAGGGAACUAGUGAUACAGAUAUAGAUACUCCUGAUACAACAAAUACACACAACAUUCAAUCGACCUUUGAACCAUCUACGACUUCGUCGAUGGUGCUAUCCUCUGAAGAAUACGACAAUGUUAGUACGCCUGACAGUUAUCCCACUUCUGCUAGCAAUUUAACCACUGAAGAAAUGUCAUACAAUGCCGGUAUGAUGACUAGUGGCACACAGGGGGUACUUCCAGUGCCAUGGGAUAUUGGAUCUGACAGCCAGAUGUCUGUUAUCAGCUCUCGGAAAAAUAUUGCCCAGGAUGGUCAUUCUUUCUUGUCUCUCCACGGCUCCAUCUUCCAACAAUUUAACACAACUGAGGGCAGCCACUACCAGGUGGUGAUUUUUGCAAGUCAUGUUGUACCGUCCCACAAUCCCUUGCUGAAUCAGGAAGGUCAGGUCGAGGCACCUGGAUUAAAUCGUGUCUUCAGGCUGUAUGACCGGCCAGCACAUGGUCACUCAGACCAGAGUCUAAGCUCAAUCGCAUGGCAUCAGCACAGGUUUUACUUCACAGCCAGUGAGGAUGUUUCAACUUUGAAAAUUUCAUCUUUGGGUCAAUCUAAUGGAAUUCUGCUAGAUAACAUUCAGGUGAGGCAGAUUACUACUGGACCGAGUACUGGUGAUGGGUCGGUGGAAGUUCAUACCCAGUUCAUUCACAGUUGGUCGUCUCUCCAUGCCGAGUGGCUUUUCAUUGACGCAGAGAGCCCCAUAGUGGACUACAGCUGGGCCAUCGGAACUAAAAGAGGUGGCACCCAGCUGCAAAGCUUCAGAUCAGUGGGUACACAGACAAAUGCUAUCAACACUGGUCUGAGAAUGGCGCACGGCUCCUUUGUGUAUGUCACCGUGAUGGCAAGAAAUGCUGCUGAACUCAUUGCCAUAGCAACUUCAGACCCAAAACUGAUUGACCUAACACCGCCCAUAAUUUAUUUCGUCAUUGACGGUGCAGGUACACAGGAUAUUGACUUCACUGCUGACGAUUCUGCUCUCACCUUCAGUUGGUCAGCAUCCGAUCCCGAAAGUGGAAUUGACCACUGUACAUGGGCAGUGGGAUCCAAGCCCAGAUUUGAAGACAUCCUACCGAAUUCACAAUCGCCCAAUGGCUCUUCUACCAUCACUACCAGUCUGUCCCAGAGUAUGGUUGAAGGCCAGCGCCUGUACGUCACUGUCACAUGCUACAAUCACGCCGACAAGUCGUCAUGGAAAUCAUCCGACGGGGUCACCAUAGUGACAGUGCCCCCUACUGCAUCAGCAGCCGUUGUCAAAGUGAAGACUGUAUCAGAGACUCAAUACGAAACACGAGAUGGGUACCAGUCACAGACAGACUCCCUCAAAGUGUCGUGGAAUGGAUUUAGUGAUCCAUUUGGAAUUCAAUUCUUUGAGUGCCAACUUACAGGACCGAAUACCCUCACAUCCUGGAGGACUUGUGGAUCCACGUCAGAGACCCAUCUUGAUUGGUCAGGCCUCGGCUUGAUUGACGACGCCACCUACAGCCUGUCAGUCAGAGCUGUCAAUCAUGCUGGUUUAAUCAGCCAGGCUGUCGCUGGAAAUUUCACUGUGGAGUCUUCCGAGCCUGUCGGAAGAGCUCCAAGCCUGAUAAGAUUUUCCUGGUUGGGUGACGGAAAAGUCGAUCUUGCCUGGGAUGGCUUGUUCUCCAACCCCUCCUCUUCCUCCUUGGUGUACGAAGUAUCCCUUGGCACCAUCCCAGGAGGUAGUGAUAUUAUGCAGUGGGUGGAGACCAUGGAGACUGGUAUGCGUGUCUCCCCGUUGGUUCCCUAUACCAACUACCACUUCUCACUGACAGCUAUCAAUGCAGCUGGCCUGUUUCAGACAGUGAAUAAAAUCAUCAGUGUGUAGCAGACUUACAGCAAAAUAUGGCUACUAUGUGUAGUGUAAUUGACAGUUCUGAGUUUGAGGCUACGUGGUGCAUUUCUUAAGUCUUUCCUUUCAUUAAAGUACUUACUCAGACAUCGUGUGAACUAUACACAGAUUGUUGCCAAAGAGGAAUCAUAAGCAUUUAGUGGUGAUUGAAGCAAUUAUUUUUAUGGGCUCGGUGAUGUUGUAACUCAUUAAUUUGGGCCAAACAUGUUGGUAAUAUGUCAUUGCAAAUUGAAAUGAAUGAGUCACAAGAACAAAUUUCUUGAAACUACAUACUGCUUACAAUUACACAGUAUAGGAGACUUUUUAAAUUCUCUAGUGUUAUUCAACAUACUUUGGCUCAAGAAAGUUACGUUGAGGCUUGUUACCCACAAAAAUGCUAGGAUGUCGUUGCAAAGACGGGCAUCCUAUUAUGUUAGUAUGAGCUGCUGUGCAUGGAAAUUAUAAUUGGCCGUGAAAAAUGUAGGUUUGAGACAGCCUCCGAACAUAGGUGAAUAUCCCAGGGGGAUGGGAUGUAUAUCCCCUCAUUUUUGGUCGGGGUGGGCUAUUUAAUUAACCUUCCCCUAUAUUUCCCUUGAAUAGUAAGAAAAACAUUAAAACGAAGUGACAAAUUUUGCACUUUCCAACAACUAAAAUGUAUUCUACACUAAUAAAAAAAGGACAACAAAGAAGCCAUAGAUAUGCAAUUCUGACAUACGAUUUUGCAGGAAUUUUCAGAUACACAUCUGUAUCAUGAAUAUUAUCACUGUAAAAUAAUGUCUUAUGGUGUCGGCAUCCCCUUCCCAGGCCCGCUUUUCAAAUGUUUAUGGCCCGGCAAUUUAUCCCCAACGUUUCCAAUCCUCCAUCCUCCCAAGUUUCGGCACAGAUUUAUGCCACUAAUUAGGUGUGAUAUGUUCGUGACGUAGCCAGACAAUGUCUAUAUAAAGCGCUUUUGGGAAUACUUGGCAGAUGUUUUAAGCAAGUUACUGUGAAUAAGUCUUCGAUGAGGGGGGAUUUUAAGUUGAUUAACUCAGUACCACUAGUGUAUGCAUGUUUUGGGCUGGGUUGGGGAAUUAAAAUUACUCCAAUUUGCAAUCUGUCAGCCCAAAGGAAUCCUGUUUUCUACCUCUACUCAAAUCCGUCCUCCCAAAAAACAGUAUUGUACCAUUUCUAAAAUAAAACUGCUUUCAUUCUCUAAAGAGACAGCAUAUCUUCUUGAGACCAGAUGGAGUAUCGUGUCUUUCCUGCCUCAGGCCGAUGGAUACACCACCAACCAAACAUUCAUUCAUUUAAUACCCACUAUAGGUCACGUGACUUAGAGGACGCUAUCAGUCUACUUGUUGGGGAAACUGCACUGGAGGUCACACCAAUACUGUGGAGUGGCGCUUGCCAGAGCAAAGCUUAUUGUUCGUGAAUGAAUCUAAAGUUUGAAAGGGUUUAGUUUAAUUAACAAGGAUAUAACAAGUGCAUGAGUAUCGUGAUAUUGUAAUAAAUUACUAUGAAUUGCUACUGCAUUGUGUAACGUUGUCUUGCCCUUCCUAAAAAACAUGCAGUCUGUUGAUGGCUGCAAGUGUCUGACAUCUAUCUUCCACUUUACCUUCCCCUUUCGUUCCAGCGCCGGUGUCUUCAAACCAAAGAUAGGGUAUGACUCCUUUUCACUUUUUUGUUCGUGAAAGAGACACGCUUCCUCCUAAAGUGGGAUCACGUUUCAACAAUGAAGUAAAAGAAGUACAUAGAAUGAUUCAUUCAUAUGUUUAUAUUCAUUCAUCAUUUAUUAGUCCAUGUAAAAACAGAGAAAUUUCCCAUCCAUUUGUAUAUUACAGCAAUAAAAAACUAAAUCAC